GCGGACUGGCCCGCUGCUCUCAUCCGAGACCUCAGCACACACUGUCGGAUCUAUUCAAGCACCAGCGUCGGCUCCCUGAAAGCCUCCAGCGGCUGUCGUAAUGCAAGCGAUCAAAUGUGUGGUGGUGGGCGACGGGGCUGUGGGUAAGACCUGUCUGCUGAUUAGCUACACCACCAAUGCCUUCCCUGGUGAAUACAUCCCCACUGUCUUUGACAACUACUCCGCCAAUGUGAUGGUGGAUGGGAAACCAGUGAAUCUGGGCCUUUGGGAUACAGCAGGACAGGAGGACUACGAUAGGCUCAGACCACUGUCUUACCCACAGACGGAUGUGUUCUUGAUAUGCUUCUCCCUGGUCAGUCCGGCCUCCUUUGAGAACGUCCGAGCUAAGUGGUACCCUGAGGUGAGACACCAUUGCCCCAACACACCCAUCAUCCUGGUGGGCACCAAACUGGAUCUGCGAGAUGACAAGGACACCAUCGAGAGGCUGCGGGACAAGAAGCUCUCCCCCAUCACCUACCCGCAGGGCCUGGCCAUGGCAAGAGAGAUUGGUGCUGUGAAGUACCUGGAGUGUUCCGCGUUGACCCAGCGAGGCCUGAAGACGGUGUUCGACGAGGCCAUCCGAGCCGUGCUCUGCCCUCCGCCAGUGAAGAAGAGGGGGAAGAGGUGCACCAUGUUCUGAGGAGGAAACACUGCUGAAACACUACACUACAUCACCAUGAACAACAACCACUACUUCUCUGAGAGGAUGAGAGAAAAACUAGCGAGAGUGAGUGUGCACUGCUGAGAUUGCUUUCUUUAUAUUGAUGUUUUUUCAAAGCGAUAUUGGUAACAAGACCAAUAUUUAAUCUGAUUUUUUUACCAUUACUAAAUAGGAUCAUAGGUUCUCUGUGAAAGACAUUUACUGUCCACCUACUUUGUACUCAUAGAAACAUGUCAAGUUGCCAAGAGGGCUGAAAAAAGGUUUCUAUUACUCGUCAACAUCCCUUCUUUCUCAGCCAUGCUUGCUUGAAUUAAUGCAGUGUUGACUAGCUAGAAAGUGAACUGUGAAUAUGCCUUUCAGGUCUGAAGUUACCCUCAGCUUCUGAUUUAAGAUCAGCAUGGUGAAACAAAACGUCACACUGACAUCUGUCCACAGUGACAGUGAAACCACUACUGUCUGAACAAGUAAAUAAUGUGGCCCUUCUGUUAGAAAAGAGAGCAAUAUGUUGUAAAUUCUGUUUUAUUAGAGCUGGGUAUUUCCUAUUAGUAAUAAUAACAUUGUAUUCACUACAUUCAUUGCUGGGAUCUGGAAAUGUGGCGAAACAUUUUAACAACAAAGUCUGACAGGGAAACAAACAGGAGCAGUGUUAGAAGUCUGUGCUUAUUUAAUUCACUGAUUCAUAUGUACUGGAAUAUAAUGGAAAAGCCACCUCUGGCUCUGAGUUAACACCUGUUAAUAUUACCUGUAAUAUAUGUGUUGAUAUUAUGCCUCUUCUUCAAUACACUUGUAACAACUCU